GCAUGACGUCAUCAGGCAGCUCCCAGGGUCUGGCUUGGAUCAGUUAGCUCACUGUGGCCGGUGCAAAGGAGCUCAAACGGUAUCAAGACACAAUUAAAACAACAAUAAAACCCAAAACACACAAACGACCGACUUUCCGUGCCAAACGGGAUAACGGGCCGAGUGACUUGAGGGGGGCAACAUGUCCGAGACGUACGAUUUCCUCUUUAAGUUCUUGGUGAUUGGCAGCGCCGGGACAGGGAAAUCCUGCCUCCUCCAUCAGUUCAUUGAGAACAAAUUCAAACAGGACUCCAACCACACUAUCGGAGUGGAGUUUGGUUCCAGAGUGGUCAAUGUCGCCGGGAAGACAGUCAAACUGCAGAUUUGGGACACUGCCGGCCAGGAACGCUUCCGUUCUGUGACGCGCAGCUACUAUCGCGGAGCGGCCGGAGCACUUCUUGUCUACGAUAUUACCAGCCGAGAGACGUACAACGCUCUGACCAACUGGCUGACAGACGCGCGCACACUCGCCAGCCCCAACAUUGUCAUCAUCCUGUGCGGCAACAAGAAAGACCUGGAGGCCGAGCGGGAGGUCACCUUCCUGGAGGCGUCGCGCUUUGCUCAGGAGAACGAUCUGAUGUUCAUGGAGACCAGCGCUCUGACGGGAGAGAACGUGGAGGAGGGCUUUCUCAAGUGCGCUCGCACCAUCCUCAACAAGAUCGACUCAGGCGAGUUGGACCCGGAAAGGAUGGGCUCGGGGAUCCAGUACGGCGACGCUUCGCUGAGGCAGCUGCGGCAGCCGCGAGGCAGCACCGCACAGAACAAGCAGCAAUGUAGUUGCUAGGGUUCCGCACCCCUCCCAACUUCCUCACCCGGUCCACGCGACGUCCCGUACAGGUCAGUGAGUGACUCCUUAUCGGAGCCUCGUGUUGGAGCCAGUGUUUUGAAGGCUCCUUCUCUUCCGUGUUUGUGUGUGUCAGCUCCAGGUGUUUUGGGGUGUCUCACACACACACACACACACACACACACACACACACACACACCUCGGAGCACCUGGAAUCAGUGCUCUCGGAGACCAUUGCGACGCCUGAGCCAUGGCGUAUUUAUGGGAUGUUGGAAUUGUUACCAGAUAUGGACGCGUUGCGGGUCGUUCUUUUUUUGAAUUCCUGUGCUUCCCAUUCAGUGUUUUAGUUACGCACGCUGAGGACAUUUGCACAUCUUAGGUUUAUAAAUUGUUUUUGUCGAUGGAUGUGUUGCUGGGUGUUCUCUUUUGCACUUGACUCUUUUUUUUGUGGGGGGGGGGGUAAUGGAACUACUGUAUUUAAAUAGGAGAGAUUGAUGACGUCAUUGCAAAGCUUAUUCACAAUUAUUGGCCUUGUUUCAAUCCAUAUAAAAGUAGAUUGGCGUCAUUUCCAUUUGGAGGUUGGCCACUCCUCGCCAGGAAGCACAAAAGUAGAGCUCGGGCUGUAGUUGACCCAAGUCGUACUUACGGACCUCCCAAGUCACACUCCUCACGUCCGCGCAGACGUCACAUUUGCCCACAAAACGUUCAGACGUGAAAAAGCAUGUUUUCAACCGCCGGCGUCGUUUUUCACUUUCUCUCGCCAAGCCCUCGUCAUGAGCACUUUUGGAGCCGUCCCACGUGUUAUUGAGAGAGCAACGGGAAAUUUCCUUCUCCUCUGCACCGCAGCCAGUUCGCUUUGUGGGACCGUGAGUGCGAGGGGAAAAAAAAAAUGGCCACUCGAGGUUAGCGUGGCCCAAAACCAACAAAAGCGUUUCUAAUAUCAUCUCCUCUCGUGCGUACGUGUAAUCGCACUUUAUCAUCUGGAGUGAGCAGACGAGCACACUUGAAGCAAAGAUGGUGCAAUGGGGCGAUCAUAUCAUCGAUACGGCGAUAAAUUUAUAAAUUGCUUUCGUUCUUUCUCGAAUAGUUUGUCUACUUCUGUACGGAGGAGUUUUGGGGUCACACUGACAAGAACAGCAACCGUUGCGAGACGCAAGUCUUUUUGACUUUUUUCUUUCUUUUCUUCUUUUCAGCGUGGCCUCAACUCUCUUUCUUCUCUGCAAGUGCACUUUUACUUUUCAAAUGUCUCGUUUAUACGCUGUAAUUAUAGAAUUGUACAUUUUCAUUUGACUUGAAACUGUAAUCAAUAUUUUAACUGUACAUGUCAUCAUUUCUUACGAAGGAACAACUGCGUGUGACAGGAUACAGACGCCCCUUUUUUUUUUUUUUUUGCCCCCCCCGGGAAGAGUUUGUGUUUUUAUGAUGUCAUCUAGUCUGCAUUGAUCCACUCAGUUGUUGCUUGGUAACAAAUGCUCCAUUAUCUUACACAGGACUGUACAUGUAUGUUGUAAAUAAGAGUUGUCUUUAGAGAGUGUUGCUCAUUGAUUGUAAUGAUUAUGCAAUCCCCAGUAAAUCUGCUUGUCCUUUUCCAGUGAAAAGCCA